AUGCAGCGUCUUAAAGAUGACCACACUCGUUACAACUAUUUAAUAUUAUUCCAUGCAAUAGAUGCAUUAACAUUUCUCAUCCGUUUUAUUAUUCUGUGUACCGAUCUUUCAGCUGCCAAUUCAGACAGUUUACAGUAUCUCAUUCCUAUACUGCUCUUAGAGUUUGCUACGUCAUUGGUUAUCUUCAUUGCAGACCUAAUCUAUGUCUAUUUAAAAUAUGUCGGCCCAAUAUUAUACGAAACAGAGCAAGACGAUAUCUGUGUACCACGUAAAUAUGUCUGGCGUUUUUCUACAUUAACAUGUUUUAAGUGUGAUUGCUAUCAAGAUUUGCCACAAACCGUUACACUCACUCGUGUUAUUAUACUCGGCAGCUGCGUAGUUGUACGCUUCGUACUCUUCAUCUUAGGAGCAGUUUGCGCUAACAAAUAUUCACCGAGAGGUAUUGCCUAUACAGUGAUUGCUAGCUUUUCUCUCGUUAUCUCCUCUAUAACUGUGAUCAUCGAAUAUCUACAUCAUAGACGACCUUGGUAUUAUCGUCCUAGCAAUGAUUAUACUGUAGUUACACGAAAAGAACAUCUUCGUUACAUACCGUACGAUCUUGUAAAUGAUCAGCGAACUAUACACUGGCGUUCAUCUCUCUGUGAACGCGGCACACCUUGUAAUUCCCGUAACUUACAUCACGUUCUCUUCUAUCAUUCAUCUAAUGUACAAUAUCGACCAGAGGAAACACGUAAUAAUCAGACUGUCGUUGGAUUUCAUCAGACAAGUCGACAUGCUGCCUAUGCUAUCGCCAGAGAAGGAUUUCUUCACAGUAGGCGUGGUAUGUUAGGCGAGGGUGUUUACUUCGCAACUUCAAUUGAUCACACACAAUUUAAAGCAAAUCAUUUUGGUGCAUUUAUCUGUGCUAAAGUUGAUCUUGGAAAUACACGUCGUAUUACAUCGGCACAACUGAAAGCCAGAAUUGCUGUUGGACCAGAGUUUGAUACAGUCUAUUUAGAUCAUGAAUUAGGUAACGAUGAAUUUUGUGUACGAAAUACAGCUCAAAUUCGCUCAUGGAUUAUAAGUGCAAGUAAUGAACGAAGGAUAGUAUCGAGAGAUGGCACGGUAGACGCUCCAAUAACAGAUGAGUUUGAUGCUAGAGUGUAUGAAGGAUGUUUUUAA